AUGCGCCGAGCCGUGCACAGAAGCCGCCUCCGAGCGGCCACGACGCUACCGGGUUAUUCCACGACGUCUUCCAUGUCGAGCACCGGGCCAAGGCUCCGCUCGGGCCAGGCCGAGUACCUCAUGGAGCUCGCCAUCGGGACGCCGCCGGUGCCCCCUUCCGCGCUCUGCAGGUACCGCUACGCGUACGGCGACGGCGCCUACUCGGCUGGCGGCCUGGGCACGGAGACGCUCACCUUCGGCUCUAGCACUCCCGGCGAAGCACCGGCCGCCUCCGCCGGAGGCGUCGCGUUCGGCUGCGGCACGGACAACGGGGGCGACUCGUACAACUCCACCGGGACGGUCGGCCUCGGCCGCGGGAGCCUGUCCCUCGUGGCGCAGCUAGGGGUCGGCAAGUUCAGCUACUGCCUCACCGACUUCUUCAACACCAGCCUGGGCAGCCCGGUCCUGUUCGGCUCCGUCGCGGAGCUGGCUACCAGUGGCGACGCCGCCGUGCAGUCGACGCCCCUACUGCAGAGCCCGCAGAGCCCGUCCCGGUACUACGUCUCCCUCGAGGGCAUAUCGCUCGGCGACACCCGCCUGCCGAUCCCGAACCAGACGUUCGCGCUGCGCGCCGACGGCACCGGCGGGAUGAUCGUGGACUCCGGCACCAUCUUCACGAUCCUCGUAGAAAGUGCUUUCAGGGUGGUCGCCAACCACGUGGCCGAGGUGCUCGGCCAGCCGGCGGUGAACGCCACGAGCCUGGACAACCCCUGCUUCCCGGCUCCCGCCGGUGAGCGGCAGCUCCCGGCCAUGCCGGACAUGGUGCUGCACUUCGCCGGCGGUGCGGAUAUGACGCUGCACAGGGACAACUACAUGUCUUUCGACGGAGAGGACUCGUCGUUCUGCUUAAACAUUGCUGGGGCGACGUCGACUUCGACUUCAGUGCUCGGCAAUUUCCAGCAGCAGAACAUACAUUUGCUGUUUGACAUCACCGUAGGGCAAAUGUCAUUUGUCCCCACCGACUGUAGUAAGCUCUGA